GUUUUGUUGUCCUGUCGUUGAGGUUAGCAGAUCCCUUUUAUUCUAAAAUUCUAGAUUAUUAAUCUUUAAUGUUUGACUUUAGUAACAAAUUAGUUUGUUAAUGAGUAAAAUAGCAUCUUCUUGCGUGUGGAAUCACAUUAGUAUGCUAUCCAGUUCGGCUUUCCCUUUGAUGUGCAGUGAACCAUUACAUCAGCAUAAGGUUUGAUAUUGGAUUUUCUACGAUGACAGAAUGGUUCUAAUAGCACCAUGACAUUGCACCUUUGGAGUCACUGGUUCUGGAUAACCUGGAUCACUUUUGUGCUGACUCUGAAUGCGGUAGCAGAAACGAUCGAUGAUUCAUCUCAAGAAGAGAUAUCACCAGGCCCGGUGCAUUUUCGCAGUCAUAAUUCUGAUCUAGAUAGUAAAGAGCUGGAACCUCCAGAACAUUCGUCAACCUCAAGUCUUAUUUCCAGUGGGGCAGGCACAAUCAGCCAAUCAAAUUCUGAUGCCAGAGAGGCAAAGAGCAUCUCUAACCUCAACAUGCGAUUAUCCGCAGCAGAUUCAUCAGAAUUUCCAGCUCGUUCGAAGCCUGAAUUCUUGCCGACACCCAUCAAAGCUUGGAGCGAGCCCAGUUCCACAGAAAUCAUCACAACAUACUCUCACGAUAGUUACCUCAUCGAUGAAACUUCCAAUACUAGCACUUCAACUCAUGCAAUACCAGACCGAAAUACUGUAGCAUACUCGGUUGACUCAUUCAAUGCCACAGAAGCAAGCCAAAACCCUUAUUCAUCAUCAACAGAGCCAGUAACGAGCAGUGGUCCAUUUGUAACCAUCUCCAAAAUCAAUAUCAAUAAAGUGCACAAAAACAAAAUCCCAGAAGAAAAGAUACUCAAGAAAAAUGCAACCAACUCAAUAAAUGGCAUAACACUAAAGAAAAUUCUUGCAAGCAAUAAGACAAAGCAGCAGCAGGUACAGUCCAACAGUUCGGCAGAGGCUGUAAAUUCGAUGAACACAAGUCUGAGCACGAGUGAAUUCAAAGAUGUAGAUCAUACAUCAUAUCAAAAUGACUCACCAGCAACGGAGAACAAAACAACGCUACUGAAUCACACAACCGAAGCAGCGCAUGGUUUGAUUCCAGUUGUCCAGCCUUCUAACAUUGUUCCAGUCGUUCCUGUCAAAAAUGAAACUGAUGACGAUUUGCUUUUUGGCAGUAACGAAACCUCAGCAUCUUUCAAUAGAAGUGCUGAAAAUGCUUCAUUUUCAACUUUAAAUGAACGUAUAGUUGCACCAGAUGAAACUACCUUGAGUAGUUUCAACAUCAUUGUGAUAGUAGUGAUCUCUGCGACAGUGGUUGCUCUAACAGGACUCAUUGGUGCUGUUAGUUUUGUCAUGUACCGUCGAUACAGAUGGAACAAACCACAAACCUUGAGCGAUAAGUGCAGCAAUGCUGAUUCCAGUGGCUACAUAGAUGACAGCACUUUAAGAGAAAAUUCUGAAGAAAUGUACAGUUUAGACAAUGACUCCUUUCUGAACAGUCUCGAAGCAAUGACAAUUCAGAAUUAUUGGACUGAUGUAAAACAUACAAAACUGUGAAGUUUGCGCUUCUGCAGAGGACUGGAAAGCGAAAAAGUCAUCGUCCACUUCAACCCCUGUAAGUAAAAAGUAGUAUCAGCAACUAUGCACACUAUUGUAAGCAAUCCUUAUUUUUUACUACUCACGGUUGUAAAUGGCAAUAUUAGAUUCUCAAAUUAUUUUCUCAUUAUACUCCAAAUGCAUUGUGAUCCCUCGGUAUACCAAUUUUAACUUAUCGGUUUUUUUGUGGAGAAUUCGUCACAAUUUUUAACUCACUUCUCCAAGAAUGGAGACUGUUAUGAAAUGAAGACGUUUUAUCAAAAUGUUAGCAUCAACCAGUGUCUUUUCUAUAUCUCCUUCCUCCCAAAAAUAUCUCAAAAGUAAAAGAUGCUAAAUGACCAGCUUCUAAAAUUACAUUUUUCAACUUCAGUGUUUUUGAAUUUCUAUCCCUUAAUUUUCACUAUCACUUAAAACAGUUGCAAAAUAUCGAACCAAUACCAAAAACCAUACUAAUUUUUGAGGAAAUACAUUUGCAAGUACCUUACUAACAGUGUAAAACACAAUGAAUAAUUUUAAACAUUUCAAAUUGAGAUGUGUGUUUUCUAAGUUGAACCAUUAAUUUUCACAUUUAAAGAACCCCAUAUCAUAGAAAGUCCUUUUGGAAUCAAUCCCACACUGACUGUUGAUUUUUCUGUCAGCAGUUUUUUUGUUUUUAAAUAGGUAAAAAAAGAUUGAUUUGUGAUGGAAUCUCUGUAAAGGAACCUUAUUAUUUGGUAGAUUUUCCCUAGUUUUUUUGGAGAAUGUUGGUGUAAGUCGACCCCAAAAAUCUUAAAUACAUAUAUUAAAGGAGAUAUUAGUCCUGAAGUUCAGAGACAAUAAUUCUUGGUUUGUCUAAAGACAUGGUCUGAAUGUUUACAAAUAGUAAGGGAAAAUUUUCUCCUGGAAGAUAAGGUCCCUUUACACAGAUCCGAUCAGACUUUUUUUUCCAAUGCAGCAACUGGUGAAAAUUAAAGUCGAUCAAUAGGAGGAAGGAAAGAAAAAAAGCUCAAGUCUCUAAAAAGUUCCGAACAACCUUGAAUUCAUGUCAUAUUGUUUCCUUAAAAAAGUAUUUUUAGACAAGAAACAGUGUGCAACAUUAAAUUAUUUUGAUGAAAGUGUCUUAAAAGUGUGUCCCGACCAUAUCCCUGCUGUGAAAGGUACGGUUUAAGCUUUAAUUAUAUCAUGUUCAGGGGUAGGUGUUCAUUGUAUUGUUUCUGUUAAGACCAUAUCUGCGAUUUUCCACGAUAAAUGAUGCUGUGUAUUUUUUUUAAUACCUGUAACCUAAAAUACUUCUCUUGGACUUUUUUCCUAAAAACAAAAUUUGAUAGAAAUUUCCACUGUAUUUUUUGAAAAAAAAAAGGGUUUUAUUUUUUUAAAAAUGUAAACUCCUUGUGAUGCCACACGUCUUGCAAUUUCCGUACUUAAUGUAUCAUAGUCACCUUUGUUGAAAACUGAGAUAUUGUUUAUUUUUUUUAACUCCUCGUUAAUGUGUAGCGUUUACCUGUCUUCUUCUCUUGCCUGUCAUGUUUUGUUCGAGUUUUCAGUAUGGUGAACUGCA